AUGAAUCACGAACACACCUUGGUCAGCGCCGGUGAUCUGGGCCAUUCCCAGUUCGCUACGUCAUGGCCGACACAGCCGACCGACGACCCGGUUCCCACCCCCGAGCGGCCGCUUCUUAGGCCUGAGCAGAAAUUCAUGAUGCAGGCUCUGGCCGAGUACAAGUCCAACUGGGGGCUUUGUCUCGACCUCCUCGACCUGCUGCGUAUGAUUCAGAGGAACGCCAUCAUCCCCAUGGGCAGUACGGUUAGAUCGUUCGAGCAAGAUAUCCAGUCCGGCAGCAACGAGUACUCCAUCCUGCUCCAAGCCAUACCCAGUGGGCUACGCGACUCGUUGAUUCAAGGCACGCUGGCCCACGACUACGUCAAGGGCAAAGACGUGCAUGGCAAGGAACUCGAGGAGCGCGGAAAAUAUGCCGGUAUAUACGCGGUCGGCAUUGCGAUUGAGGGACGGGACGGAGCCUUCAUCAACAUCAAGGAGUGCACCAAAGUCGCCGAGAUCCUUGAGACUUACGCGAAAGCAUGCGAGCUCUUGGCUGCGGCCGAGAAUGAGAACAGUCGGGUGCCCGCCGAUGACCAGCAGGUCAUUGAUGACGCUUUGAAACUCGAUCAAGCGUGCGGGUAUACACAACAGGGCCCCAUGCUUCACUACCUGGAGGAUUCCGGACAAGUCGCCAAUAAAGAAUACCUAAAGAUGUUGGCCGAGUCAUUUCGGAAACGCGGCAGGGCUCUGGGUAGACUCGGGUGCGACGAAACGAUCAACAUGCACCAAGGACCGCUCUAUGUCGGAAGUACGACCAGGCCUAUCGCCGAAUGCCUCGCUCAACAUCAUUACGACAGCAACAUGUCCGCUAUUCCGAGCACCAACAAGUUUCUAUCUCUGACCCUGGGUGCUCUCCGGUACAUCGGCUUGCGGCCAUACACGGUGGAGGUUCCCAUCCUACCAAUUUGGGUCAUGGAACACCUUCCGAUGGGUGAGCGACUGGUGACCGUUCUUGCCAGCUCCUUCGUCACCCAGGGAGGGUUCAACAGUGUCCAAGCCAGUAGCAGGGCUGGAACGGGGAUGUCAAUGGCGCUCUGUGACGAGGCAGGUCUCUACGUCGCGGAGAAGACCAGGUACUUUGAACAGAACAUCGACAAGUCUCUGGUAGACAGCAAGGACUUUAUGCGUAGAACUGAGGGCGUCGAGCAUCUCGGGCGCUGCUUUCAACUCGUCCUUGGCGGUGAGCUGGAGGAGAAGAUCAAAAUUAUCAAGAUUCGCCAGGACCGCCUUGAGCAGGAGACAAAGCUCUUGGUUGAAAUGAAGGAGGAGAUUCAGCAGAAGCUGCGCAGGAUUAGAGAACACCAAGAAGCCGUUGCCACCAAAUAUGUCUUCAAGAACAUGUACGCAACGCUGUUGCGAAGCAUUACAACACGCUUGGGAGUCGACGAUGAUACCACCCAUGUCAGCACAGGAGGCACGCCGCCAGAGUAG